UGAACAUAGACCCUUUUCUGCUCACAAUUCAGUUCACAAACAAGAGAAGAAAAUACAAAGUGAGCUUGAAAGGGGAAAAAAGAGAGAGAACAAAAAUGGGUAGCUUAGAAGAAGAGAAGCUGUUUCAAAUGGUGCACGAUUUUAUUGAAUCAGAAUCAACUUCAGAAAAUCCCUCUUAUUCCUCUCAAAAUCUGUCUCUCAAUAAUCAUCAUGCUAAGCAAUAUAUUUUGCAGGAGAUUGUUGCGAGUAGAACUGCAGCUGAAGAGGGUCUUCUUGGUUGUGUAUUGAAGCACAUGAGGCACAAAAUCGAAGCAGAGAAAACUACUAGCCUCAAGAAAUGGCUUGUGAUUAGACUAAGAAAGGAUGGUUAUCAUGGUGUUUGUCUAUGUCAAACUUCUUGGCCUACUACUUUAGGCUGCCCUGCUGGUGAUUAUGAAUACAUUGAAGUUGUGAUUAAGGAUAAAAAAUGCAGCUCAUUGAGGCUGAUCUUAGACAUUGAUUUCAAGUCACAAUUUGAAUUAGCAAGGCCUACAUCAUCCUACAAAGAGCUCGCAGAUACGCUUCCUGCAAUCUUUGUUGGUGAUGCUCAGAAAUUGAACAAGAUAAUCUCCAUCCUUUGCUCAGAAGCUAAGAACUCACUUAAAGAAAGAGGUCUGCAUGUUCCUCCAUGGAGGACAAUCACUUAUAUGCAGUCCAAAUGGUUUAGUAACUGCCAAAGAAUAAUCCCUUUGAAUCCUAGCAGAGAAGUAGGCUUAGGCAAUAAAGAAGCAAUGGUUGGUGAGCAUAUUUCAUUCAAUUUUGACACAUUGACAGCAUCAGCUUCUAAUGGGAAGAAGGAAAACAAGGCAGAGAAUUUUGUUGCUAGAUCAGGUUUAUCUAGUCAAUUUGCUGCUAUGAGCACAAAAUGCUUCUAAUGAAGCUUUUUGACAAGAUAUUGGGUAGAUUCUUGAUUUUGCAGAGCGGAGAAGAGAUUAGCAUCCUCCAUAGGCAGUACUGUUCUCUUUUGUUUGCUUUGGCCCUUUUGAGUUUUGACUUCUUGGAACAAUUGACAGAGAUGAGAUGAUUUUUGAUAGCCUCACAAUUUUGUUAGAGUUCUAUUUGUAGAAAUUUGUGUUCAGGUACUAGAAUUAGGGUAUGUUACAUGGAUUCGUUGGGGUACAUUAAAUUAAAAUUACACUAAUGGUUUCAUGACCAAUGUAAAAUAAUAAAUUUAUAAUGAACAAAUAAUGAACUUCGAAUUUGAACAACUAUUUGGCAAGGUGACAUUUACUAAAAAAAUUUAAGAGAGACUUUAUUAAAAAAAUAAAAUAAAAUAAAAUGAAAUUCAUGGGAGGAAGACUAUGGGAUGGUCCCCCUCCCUUUGAAAAAUGAAGAAAGUAAAAGAGGAAGUGGAGGAGGAGAGGGAGAGAGUCCCAAGUCAAUUUUUAGAUACUAUGCUCUUGCAAUAUUGAUACCGUGACUUGAAUUUUUCUUGGAAAGUUGGAUAAUCAAUGUUAAGAGUCCAUCCAGGUUCUCUUUUUCUUCUGAUUUGAUCUUCUUCCUCAAAUCUUUAAUUUUCUGCCUCAUGGUUUCGCCUGCACCCCCAAAUACAACCUCCUUGAUCACUUUUGCCAUCUCUUCCCUCUGAAGUCUACCAUUUUCAUCUCUCACAACUUCAAUAGCCACACCAUUUUCCACCAACACCCUACCAGUAAUGGGCUAUUCAAAGGCCAUAGGCAUGGCCAUUGUUGGGCACCAAAUUCUAUGCCUUCUGAUGUAGAAGUCCAACCACAGUGGGAUAAAGGGCCACCAAUACUCGAAUGGCCUAAAAUCUUGACCUGCGGUAGCCAUCCUUGAACAAUUCUCCCUUUAUCUUUCACUCUUCCAAGAAAACCCUCUGGUAAGAUCUCUUCAAGCCUGCGUUCCUCACCUUUUGGAGAUCCCAAAGCCCAGAUGAAAUUUACAUUGCUCAGCUCUAAACUGAAAGCUAUCUCUUUUAUCUCUUCCUUUGACAAGAAAUACAUUGUGCCAAAGGAAGCAAAAACAGUUGAAUGUUCACUUUUCUGCCCAAGCCAAUUCAUGAGCUCAAUAUCGU